UAUCAUUGAUACAAAUGUAUUGGUCAUGUGACAUUUGAUCAAGAGCAAAACAGAUAGUCAUAGAAAGAAGAAAAGGGACUGAAAUAAAAUAAUAGUCAUAUAUAAUAACGCAAUUGCAUUACAUUCAUGCAAAGAAUAGAUGCGAUAAUUGAUACACUCAGGAAAACAUCUAUCAUUCAAUAAAUGAUUUGUAUGUUUAAUCGGAGGAUUUCGUUUGUGUGAAUUUUACAACAUACAAGGAAAUUGGAUAUCGAAACUUUAUGGAAAACUACGAUCAAAUACGUUAUUUAAUAAAUUAGUUGGACAUAACAAAGGAACCAAUCUCAUCGAUAAACAAGUGGUUCGUCCAUCAAUUUAAUGCAAUACGCAUUAAACCAACUACAUCCAUGUCUGGUGCUUUUCGUGGGUGAUCGUGCUGAAUAAUCAGCACACAAAUGUAAAAACGAAAACUAAUACGUACGUCGUACGCCUAACAUAAAAUUGUACACACAAGGCCAUCAAUAUUUGGAUAAUAGACAACACGAAGUUACUGUGGCAUCGUUUGCACAGAUUGUUUUCGUUUUGAAUUUAGAACGAAACGUUUAGUAAAAUUGAGGAAGCUGGAAGUAGAGUUGCAAGCGCUCAGGUUCGUGAUUGCUUAGAAAUGAGUAGUAUUACACCUGAAAAGUGCGCAAAUAUCAUCGAUUGUGACAGUGACGACGAUUUUGAUAACAACAACGACGACAAAGGAGAUUACAAUGAAAUCAGCACUGUAGAUAAUAAGCAACAAGCGUCUCAUAAGUGUGGCACAAUAAAUAUAAGCCCAAAGUUGAAUCAACGGUCACAAAGAAUGACCAACGAUUAUUCAACGUCGAACAAUCAAAUAGAAAAAAUGUCAAAAGAUACAAGAAACCAAAGAAAGACCUUUAACCCAGCGAUAGCUACAGCUACUUCGACCGCCGAAGAGAUUGGGUAUUCCACAGUGACAACGACAAGCAGUCAUCCGUCUGCAUCUUCGUCAUCAUCGCAACUCAGUCCAAUGUCUGCGUUCAACGAGGAUCGAAUGCGACGCAAACUGCAAUUUUUCUUCAUGAAUCCGAUUGAAAAGUGGCAGGCGCGUCGUAAGUUCCCAUACAAAUUCGUGGUACAGCUCAUCAAAAUUGUACUACUUACAAUGCAGCUGUGUUUAUUUGCCCACUCGCGAUACAUUCACGUCAACUAUACGUGGGAUAAUCGUGUGUCAUUUUCACACCUAUUUUUGCGCGGAUGGGAUGAAUCAAGUGAGGUGGAAUCGUAUCCAGCAUCCAAAGGGGCAUUUGCAUUAUACUUUCAAAAUGAAUUUUACGAAACAAUCGACUAUGCCAUGGCUGGGUAUGCUAAUCUAAGCCAUGCGAUCGGCUCCUACUCGUAUCCAACUACAGACAAUACGAUGCCGCCCCUUACACUGUGCAUACAUCAUUACGAACAAGGCGAGAUAUACGGUUUCAAUGAGAGCUACGCAUUCAAUCCGACAAUAAAUGUGAUUUGCACCAAUCUAACGAGUAACGUCACUGAAAUGGGCAGUCGAGCUUAUUUGACGGACAAAGGCAUCAAUGUGAAUUUCUCGGCAUUCGUCCGGGCAACACUAACCUUUUCAAUAAAGACCGUCAAUUUUAAAGCAGCUGGCCCAUUGGCCGCACCGGAUUGCUAUCAAUUUGAUAUUGAAAUUCUUUUUGAUAACAGUGAUCAUGAUGGCCAAAUGCUAUUGUCGCUCGAUGCUGAACCGGUUCGAUUACAAUGCCACGGUGAUACUGCGUAUGAUGCGGAUACAGCAAUCGACACCGCUCUACGAAGCAUACUCAAUGUGUUUGUAAUUCUAAUAUGCGUUGCAUCAUUUUCGCUGUGUACACGCGCUCUGUACCGUGCCCGACUCUUGCAGAAACAGACUGAUACAUUUUUCCGUGUUACCUAUGGAUAUCCGUUGAGCAAUGAAGAUCGCUGGCAAUUCGUCAACUUCUGGUACAUUAUGAUCAUUUGUAAUGAUAUUUUAUUGAUUUUAGGAUCAAUUUUGAAGGAGCAAAUCGAGAGGAAAAAUUUCACCGUCGAUCAAUGGAACAUUUGCUCCGUGUUGUUGGGCGUUGGAAAUAUGCUGGUUUGGUUUGGUGUUUUACGUUACUUCAGCUUCUUCAAGACAUACAACGUUGUCAUUUUGACUCUGAAACAAUCAGCACCGAAGAUUCUACGCUUUUUAUUGUGCGCUCUAAUGAUUUACGCUGGAUUCACAUUUUGCGGUUGGCUGGUGUUGGCACCAUAUCAUAUAAAAUUCCGUUCGCUGGCAACGACGUCAGAAUGUCUGUUCUCGCUAAUCAACGGUGAUGAUAUGUUUGCAACGUUCUCAAUUAUGUCAUCGAAAUCGCAAAUGCUGUGGUGGUUCAGUCGCAUUUAUUUGUAUUCAUUUAUUGGAUUAUUUAUUUAUGUGGUGAUUUCAUUAUUCAUUGCGGUUAUUAUGGACGCGUAUGAUACGAUCAAAAAGUAUUACAAAGAAGGAUUUCCAACCAGCGAACUAAAGCGAUUCAUUGGUCAAAUGCAUCCCAACGACUUUUCAUCUGGCGUAUUCCGAACGUAUGCAGAGGACGAGGAACAGGAAUCCCUGUGGGAUACAAUGAAAAAUGUCUGCUACUUUUGUUGUGGCCUUAAGAAAAAAGAUAACCCCGGUCCCACUGGCUAUGAAACACUCGUUACAUCAUAGCACCAACCAUGUGAUUUACACAACUGUAUGCAUUGAAUGGAACCAACGCGGCAGAAGAUCAUCCUCAAAAUGUGUAUAGUGUGUAAUGUAUAAAGAAAGAUGUGAAACUAAUUAAUAGGACAGAUUUAUUUUUACACCUCAAUUAUAGAAGAAAAUAACCGAGAUUCAACUGUGAACUGUUGCCGUUGAAGAAAUAUUGUUGUAAUACUUUGUUUCAAUUUUUUUUUCUUGAUUUUCCAAUAGCUUGAAAGGAUUUGUUUCAUUUUGCCGCGUCUGAGUGGCAAUUUGUUAAGGCAUAAUAAUAGAAAUGAUGAGAAAAGCCGAUUUUAUUGCAUUGCAUUUUUUUUGUUUUGUUUUAUUUUGUCGAUUAUUUUUUUAAAUGUCGUUUUAAUUUGUCAAAUGUUAAAUAAAGAUUCAAUCGACAAUUACAA